GUGGCGAAAGGAGCGAGCGCGCAUUCUGUGGCGGUGUAUGGGCGCUCCAGCCGGCCACCGCGUUCCGCCGGAGCUCGGCAGCCCCCCCUUUGAACCGGCCAGCACUUCUCCAGCGCCGCCGGAAGGUCGGAGGAAAAAGGAAUAAGAAUGUUUUAUUGGGAUGCACGUGCAACUUCCUGGAACGCCAAGUAUCAACCGAAGUUCCCCCGAACCGCCUCUUCCUAGUAUCCGUGGUGCGCUGUAUGUGCAGCCCUACGCCCCGCGGUUCCCGUCCUUCGGUUUAUUUAGUAGUUCUCUCUCUCUCUCUCCGCGGUAUUUUCAUGGCUGCCCCUGAUCUCGCCCUGUGACUGCUGGAAACGCCCCUCCCUGCCCCGGCACUGGACGCCCACCGCCCAGUUAUGGGCUCUGUCAAAAAUGGGUUUCGGCGCACUGACACUUGCAUCCUGGCCGUUGAUGUUGGCUCCACGUCCAUCAGGUGCUGCGUGUACGACCGUGCGACGAAGAUCAAAGGUUUCAGUACUAGACUGAUAAAGAUGCUGUAUCCCAAACCGGGAUGGGUUGAAGUUGACCCAGAAGCAAUGUUUGAACAAUUUGUUGCUGUUGUGAAAGAGGCGGUGGAAGCUUCACAAUUGCAUAUGAAGCAGAUGGUAGCCCUUGGCAUUUCAACGCAGAGAGCAACGUUUGUUACUUGGGACAAGAGAACAGGAAAACCAUUUCAUAACUUCAUUUGCUGGCAGGACCUUCGAGCAGUUGACCUUGUCGAAUCGUGGAAUAGCUCAAUGCUGCUUUGGUCAGUUCACAGAUGCAGUGCCUUGCUCCACUUUCUGUCCAGGCAGAAGCGCUUCUUAGCUGCGAGCGUGAUCCGGUUCUCCACACAGCACUUAUCCCUUCGUCUAGCCUGGGUUCUUCAAAAUAUAAAACAGGUUCAGGAGGCUGUGGCUGAAGGCAACUGCUCCUUCGGGACUAUUGAUACGUGGUUACUGUACAAACUAACAAAAGGCGCUGUAUUCGCAACAGAUUACUCGAAUGCAAGUACCACGGCAAUGUUUGAUCCAUAUCAGUUGUGUUGGAGUGGAAUCCUUGCAAACCUCCUGUCGGUGCCUCUUUCUAUUCUCCCUCCAGUAAAGGAUACUAGCUGCAAAUUUGGUUAUACUGAUCGAAGUAUAUUUGGUACUCCUAUUCCAAUAAUGGCUUUGGCAGCAGAUCAGCAAGCAGCCAUGUUUGGGGAAUGCUGCUUUGAACCAGGCGAUGUGAAGCUCACCAUGGGGACUGGCACUUUCAUGUCUAUCAAUACUGGAACUAAACCUCAUACAUCUGUAACAGGACUUUAUCCGUUGGUUGGCUGGAAAAUUGGAUCUGAAGUAACAUAUAUUGCAGAAGGAAAUGCUGCUGAUACGGGUAAAGUGAUCCAAUGGGCACAACAGCUAGGUUUGUUCUCUGACGUUACUGAAACCGAAAAGAUGGCGCAAGAAGUCCAAGAUUCAGAUGGUGUAUUUUUUGUUCCAGCAUUCAGUGGAUUACAGGCUCCUUUAAACGAUCCUAAUGCGUGUGCAUCAUUUAUGGGACUGAAACCUUCAACAACUAAAAUUCAUCUGGUUCGAGCAAUAUUGGAAUCCAUAGCUUUCAGGAACAAGCAACUAUAUGAUACAAUGCUGAGAGAAAUCCACAUUCCAAUUACACGUAUCAGAGCCGAUGGUGGUAUAUGUAACAACCAGUUUGUCAUGCAACUUACAACAGAUCUGCUCACCUGUGACAUUGAGAGACCUAACCAAGUAGAUAUGUCCUGUCUCGGGGUAGCUUUUUUAGCUGGUCUUGCCAUUGGAUACUGGGAUAGCAGAGAAGAAUUAAAGAAGAUUAGCUCUGUGGAAAAGAUCUUCAAACCACAAGCUGUACCACAUCAUUAUAAAACCACAUUAGAAAACUGGCAAAUGGCUGUAAGACGAUCCAUGGAUUGGUACAAUAAAAUAAAACAGAAGUGAUUUAUUUUACUUGAAGAUAGCACUGACAAGUUUUUUGUAAAGAUUCCAAGUACACUUAAGACUUGCACUGCUAAAUCUAAAGAGUGAAAAUGGACUUGUGUAAUUCCACCUUCAGUUUUGUUGUAGAAAUUGCUGUGGGAAUGCUUGCAAAUGUAAAACCAAUUGUGCCUCCAACAAAAGGCAAAAAAACUGAAAUUCAUGUUUCAUUAUUUCUAAUUCUCCCCAUGUACCAUCUGCCAUUACCUAUAAAUGGUCCUUUCAAAAUGGUGAAAUCUAGUCCAAGUCAAUGUGACCUGUGUACAAGGGACUGGCAUUGUUGACCCUUAAACUUGGGACCAUUUGGUGAACAUCAGGUGUUUUGCCUUUUCCACAUGUUGAGUCCUUUGAUUGUUGUAAUCCUUGUUAAUGGAAGAAUAUUUUGAGUUUAUUUUUACUAACAUUGUAUUUUUAAUUCCACCGUGUGACUAUAAUGGUGAUUGCACCUCACUAGUGCUUUCAAACAUUUUGGAACUUUUAAGAUUGAUGGAGGGGUUAUAUAGAUGUGUUUUUUAUGAUGAACAACAAAUAAUACUUGCAAAUGGCUCUCAGAGUAUCAAGUAUUUGAAUAACUAAGUUCUUUAUUUAUGCCAUCCAAAUGAUAGAAUUCAUAUAAUGAAAGUUUACAAAUUACCAAAACGUGCCGUAAGCUUUUCACUAUAAUCAAUUGUGUAGGGAUUUUUUUUUGUCAAAUGGAAAAUAAUUUGUUUAAGCAGCUGAACUAUGACUUGCCAAAAAGCUAUUUGGAAAUGAAUAGAGAUGAGUUUUUUUAAAUUUAUAACCUUGUAUGUUAAAGAAAAAAUAAUUUGUUAAGGUGUCAAAUUUUGAAUUAGUUAGAUCAUCUUCAAAAUAGUUGAACUCUAGAAAUUUAAGAAGCAGGUAAUGAUAAAGUUAUGACAAUACUUGUUAAAUUCUUGGGGUUAUGAAACUUAAUUGAAGUAGUGACUUCAUUAUCUACUCUUGUUCCUGAUACACUAACUUUUUUUUCCCAGUUGGUGGCCAGUGAUCCACAGAAGAAGACUUUCAGUUCUAAUUAGAGUCAGAGCAUUUUAUUUAUUUUUUUUUGCUGAUCCUUCAUUUAUAUAGUAAUUAAAUGUAACAACAUUAAAAUAAAUAGUGCUGCUGCUGGGAAGGAUAAGAUUAUGAUUUCUCAAAUUCCUGUUGAAUGCCAUUGUUUAGUUUCAUCCUCACAUUAGGUGAGACUUUGUAGAGUAACUCCGUCUUAAAUCAAAGUUCAGUGGACUCCUCAUUCUGGACUUAUCUUGUACAAUGACUUGAACACUUAAAAACGCCAAAGCUUUCCUCUUUGGCCUCUGUCAGGAAAGAAAUGUGGACUUGUUUUAUUUUUAGGAGUUCCCUGCACCACACCUUUAAGAAGUAUUUUAAAGAUGCCUUGUGAUCAAGUAAAAUGUAAUUUUCAGUCAUUGUACUAUUGUAAGGUUAAAUGGUUCUGAUUAAACCGGUGAUUUUC